UAGGUGUUUGGAGAACAUCAUGGCGUCCGGAGCAGGAGAGUCCCCCGCUGGACACGACCCCGAGCUGGACGAGCUGCUGGACAGUGCAUUGGAUGACUUUGAUAAGACCCCGCCCCCCCCGGCCCCUGAACCUGCAGCUGCGGCCUCCUCAGCUAAAGAUGCUGCAGAGAAGCCCCCCCUCCUCGAGGACUGCAAGCUCUUCGAGACCCUCUUUGAGGGAGAAAUGGCGUCUCAAGCUAAGGAUGAGUGGGAGAAGGCCAUGAGUGAGCUGGCCCAGGAGGAGCCCGAGCUGCUGCAGCACUUCCACAAACUGUCCGAGGCUGCAGGCAAAGUUGGUGUUGACACGGCCUCCCAACAAGAAUUCACCUCUUGUCUUAAAGACACCCUCCGUGGCCUGGCCAAAAAUGCAGACAACCUGCAGUCAUCAGGACUGGCCGGAGACGAUCUUGUCAAAGCUCUGGAAGGCCUUGGAUUGGAAGAGAGUAACGAAGGAGGCAGUGAAGACGGGAACAUUCUGCCCAUCAUGCAGUCCAUCAUGCAGAAUCUCCUCUCUAAGGAUGUGCUUUAUCCAUCUCUCAAAGAGAUCACCACCAAGUACCCAGAGUGGCUGGAAGCCAACAAGCCGAGCCUCAGUGCAGAGGACUACCAGCGCUAUGAUCAGCAGGCCAAGAUUAUGGGAGAGAUCUGCAAGCGGUUUGAGAAGGAGGAGGAGGGGGUGGAGGAUAAAGAUGGAUCGUUUGAGAGCAUCAUGGACAUGAUGCAAAAGCUGCAAGACCUGGGCCAACCACCCAAGGAACUGGCAGGUGAUGCGCCUCCCGGAUUUAACUUUGACAUGGAGUCACUCGUCCUCCCCGGAGUAGCCGGGGCCGGGGCGGCCGAGCAGUGCUCCAUCAUGUGAAGAGGUGGUGGUGCCGUCCAUCAGAAGCACUGGUGCCAAAGGGUCAGUCUGUGUGUGUGUGUCAGCAACGAAGAAGGGAUGACCGAGUGUAACACAAAGGUCAGGCAGGAGUGUGACCCGACUGUCGACUCUGCUCCCUCCAGUAGAAGGUGUGUGGAUCGCAGCAACAUCCGGAGGAGACACGAGAACCAACGCUGCUCACAAACACACUUUCUUCUCAAGGACCACACAACUGAGAACAUUUGAACAUCUCCGCAUUAGCUCUUCAUCGGUUGCAUCAUUUCCUUCAUAGUGCAUUUUAACUGCGUUCCUUUAAAAACUAAAUACCACUGCCUGUCUUUCUAUAUAGUUCUUACAAACAGUUUAAACUCUGGUAAAAACGAUCAAACCACCUCGCGAGUAUAAGCUGUGCCUUUGCAGAAUGACUUUAACUUAUUAAUUUAGUGGCAUAGAAAAAGUGAAUCCAUUCAGAGGUGCACUUCAGAUGAUAGUUUUUAAGUAGUGGGAAUUUACCGUCAUAGGUUUACACAAAGUAAGUCAGCAUUUAUUGAUAUUUAAUUUAACUGGGUAACACACUUUAAUCUCUCUUCAGGCUCUGCAGGAUUUGAAUUAACGAGUUAACGAUUUAUUAACAUGUGAUGAAGUGCGUAAAAAAUAAUGUAUAUUUGUUAAUUAUUUAAAGAACUAAAAUGGCCAGAGAGGAUCGAACCCCCCAUGAGAAGUUUGCAGCACUUUCAGCCGACUAAUUUAACAACCCUCUGAAUAUUAGUCCCCAUUUCCAGGUAUUGGUUUGAAAUGAUUGACAUGUUGAUUCCCGGAUGCCUUUGCUGUGGUUACAGUGAUGAUUAUAGUGUAGAGUUACCGUGCAAAGUGCUUCCCUCGUGUUUCCCAGUGUUUUUAAUGUGCAGAGUGGGGUUUUCUUUGGUACGGGGUCCCUGAUAGGAAAGAGAAACACGAAGGGUGGUGUUCAGGAGUGUUUACCACCACUGUGCAUGUCCUCUGUUCCCUCCACAUACAGUUGAAGAAUGAUUUUUGCUGAAAAACUGACUGGCUUGGUUAUAAAGAUCGAAUGCUCAUGUCUAUAAUUUAUGCAGAUGCACUGUUAAGGGCAUCGACAGCCUGUUGGCACGUUGCAGCUGUGGCUGGUGGGUUUGUUCAGUCCAGAGUUCGCUUUUCACCAGAGGACAAAAGUUUACCGGUGUCACUACAGAGAAGUCGAGAACACACAGGACCAUCAGCUUGUCAAUAACUGAAUAAUAAAAGGGGGAACUACUGUGAAAGGAUUCAGCCAGCCGUGCACUGAUGAGUGAUAUACUGUACAUCAAACGGGGGGGGGGUGGGGCUGCUGUUGUUUUCAUCAUGAAGAGGUGUGUGUGUGGGGGGGUAGGGUGACCUAUUCAACUCUCAGGGCUGACACAAACAAUCCCCAAAGCAACGGUUCACUAAUUCAGCCUGUUAUUUGACUUGGUUUUGUAAAUAUAUAAAAUAAAAUGAUAUAUAUAUCAAAUUCAA